UGGAGAAGCUCGUCCUGCUGCUCCGUCAUCCUCCAGCUCGGUGCAGAGGAAUGAGAAGCGAUGUCCGGCAUGGCCAGCGAGGAGAAAAACUGCCGCAGGUUCCUGGAGCUUUUCCUAGGGGAGUUUAGGGGACCAUUCGGGGAGGAGGACCCCAUCCCGUUCCGGCCCCAGGCUGAUCACAUCAUCCCGGAGGAGGUGGAAGGAGAGUGCCUGGACCUGUGCCUGCAGGAACUCUGCAAAUAUAAUUGCCCAUCAUUUUUGGCUGCUGGUGUGGCGAGGGCAACUGCAGAUGAAAUAAUACAGGGAGACCUGUCUGCUUACUACGUACCAAAGCAUGUGGAUGGCACAGAGGGGAUAAUACAGAUCGACACAGUAAAAUUAUCCCAUGCAGUAUUCAACAAACUCCAUGAGGUCUGCUGUAGCUGGGUGAAAGACUUUCCCAUGCGCCGCAAGCCGCACAUGUAUUAUGAUACCUCCAUUCACGCCAUCAAGAACAUGCGUCGCAAGAUGGAGGACAAGCACGUCUGCAUCCCAGACUUCAACAUACUUUUUAAUCUAGAGGAUCAGGAAGAGCAAGCCUAUUUUGCUGUGUUUGAUGGACAUGGAGGUGUCGAUGCUGCCAUAUAUGCUGCUAUCCAUCUCCAUGUGAACUUGGUGCGGCAAGAGAUAUUCCCACAGGACCCUGCCGAGGCUCUUUGCAGAGCGUUCAGAACCACUGAUGAGUGCUUCGUCAAGAAAGCAGCACGUGAGAAUAUUCGCUGUGGAACAACUGGGGUGGUUGCAUUUCUCCGUGGUAACAUGCUACAUGUGGCCUGGCUGGGAGACUCCCAAGUUAUGUUGGUACGAAAUGGACAGGCUGUUGAACUCAUGAAGCCACAUAAACCAGACAGAGAGGAUGAAAAGCACCGUAUUGAAGCUUUGGGAGGCUGUGUAGUCUGGUUUGGUGCAUGGAGAGUUAAUGGAAGCCUCUCUGUCUCUAGAGCUAUUGGGGAUGCUGAGCAUAAGCCAUAUAUCUGUGGUGAUGCAGACUCCUACACUACAGUCCUUGAUGGCUCUGAAGAUUACCUUAUUCUGGCUUGUGAUGGUUUCUAUGACACAGUAACCCCAGAUGAGGCAGUGAAAGUGGUGUCUGACCAUCUGAAGGAAAACAAUGGUGACAGCAGUAUGGUUGCCCAUAAACUGGUGGCAUCUGCUCGUGAUGCUGGUUCCAGUGACAACAUCACAGUCAUUGUAGUGUUUCUCAAGGACCUAAAUCCAUCCACUAGCACAAACCAGGACAGCCAAACAGAAAACUCUAUUGAUGGAGGACAAGAAGACAAUGGGGAUGACAAAGAAAACCAAGGAGAUUGCAAGGGAUCGUGGCCACUUCACCAGUGCUCAGCACCUGCUGACUUAGGAGGUUAUGAUGGUCAAGAUUCCUUCACAGAUAGAACUAGCUUGAACCUUGGCCCUGAAGUGCAGGUCACAGAUAAACAAGACUAUCUAGAUCCAUUGCAAGGAGACGGUGGUAAACCACGUAGUGCCAAAUUAUUGCCAUGCUCCCAAGUGUCCAGAGCUAGCUCACCAAAGAGAGCCAACAGAAAUAAGGAAAUUUCAAGGAAAGAAUCUAAAGGAAGCCCUUCAGCUUAUAGAGAGAAUGAUUGGAAUGAAAGUGUCCCUAGAAACCAAGCCUUGGGAUCUGUGAAUAUUGCGAUACCCAGAAAGGAGAGCUCACUCUGUCCCUCUCGGGAGUUAAAUGAUGAAUGUUUGGAAAAUGAUGUGAAUGGCCCCUUUCAUUUAUCUCCUGUACGCUUCAGAAAGAGGGGAGGCGGGACUAAGUCCAGACCAAGGUUUCUCCCUUUCAAAAAGCCUUCUCACAAAGCUUGGUCUACUUUGUCAGUGCCAGUGCUAAGUGUUGGUAAACAUAGGGUAUCACUUCAUAACUUUCUAAUUUCUAGGAAACGUAGUCAUAAAGGUAGUUUGGUGAAUAGAGCGUUGUUAAAAGAGCGCAAUUGUAUAGCAUUGGCAGAUCUACAUAGAAGCUAAAACAUGUAAACAAUAUUAACUUCCCUUGUGUGUUCUAUAACUGUAGUGCUCCAGUGAAUUAGGUUAGAUAGACCCAGAUGUUAAUGGCAUCCUUUUCCUAUCCUAGUGUAUUGAUCUCUCCCUAGCCAGUGCACUGUAUGGUACUCUAUCUACAUAUAGAUGGACAACUCCAUAGGGACAUUGACAGGUGUCAACCAGACACUGGGAGCCACUACUGCUGUCGUGUGCAUAAUACCUCCUAAUUUUUUACCAUUGCCCCUUGUUAUAUAAUGUCAGUGACCACAUUCCUGUGACCUGUAGAAGUCCAGGAGAAAUAAAAUAGAGAAAGGCAGGAUUUGUAAUACCAUCUACAAUUACCAACCUCCAAUAGACACUAUUAAAAUAGGCCUCUUUCUUGAAUGGCAGUCAUGGUGGCACUCUAGUCAAUAUUUAAUGGUUAUGGUGGAAAUGUUCAUGUAAUACACUGAGGAUAGCAGUAGUUUCUAAAAGUCCCUGGCGACCACCAGUCUCACACAAUACAAAUGAUUACAACAGACAUGCAUAAUAUGAGCUUUUGUUGCUCAGAAAACUAAAAAAAAAGUGGUUAUGGGCCUCGAAGCAAGGGUUCCAGAUAGGUUAAAUGAGACUUGCUGUAUUUCUCUACCCCAAAAAAUGAACCUCUGAAGUGCAUUUUGGAGAUGGAAGUCUAUAUAUUAAUACCAAUUAUUUUUAUAGUGAUAGAUGUCACACUUUAUUAUGGCAAUAAGGCACUGCUAGAGUACAAUAAGGAACCAUUUCCAAUUAUAAACUAUGAUUAAUCAACGUUUGCAGUGCAAGAAUACUCAGGUAUGAAGGCAUCACAUCAGUUGCUGCAUAACCAUGCAUUUUGUAUCAAAGGAUCAAAUUUUCAUUGUGUUGCCAUAAAAUGCAAGUCUCAGUGUGACCACAUUUGUCCCUUAAAAAAUUCAGUAAGAAACCCCAUUAAAACAAAAGACAAGUACCUAUGUACCAUAUAAUGUUGACACGAUCUAAAUUGUAACCCCCAGUGACAAGUAUUUUGUGUUAUAUCACACUGAUGCUGUUAGAGCUCUUCUCUAAUUCUUCCCCAGCUAUUUUUGUCCUGCAGUUCCCAUUUUUCUCACUGGCUUCUAGGGCUGUGAUAGGCCUGUAGAGCUGUCUCAUAGCUCGACUGCCACAAUUGAGAAGUCCCAGUUUAAAUUAUACAACACUGCCUGUUCCUUUCGGAUUUGUUGCCCUUCCAUCAUGAUUUACCUUCAUUUAUGCAUCAUUUUCCCUUUAUACCAUGUUUUCUCCAGAUUCAGAAGGCAUUUGUUUGUCAGGCCCUCGUUUGAAAUAAUGAACGGAUUGAAUACAAUGAGAAACCAUACAUUCAGGGGAUUUUUCACUUAAAAAACCAUUGUAAGUUUUUAUUAUCGCUUUAAAUAAAAGAUUACAUUAUUUAUUAUGGCCUCUCCAUGUAUUAUUUUCUUAUGCAUUCUGAUUAGUAUUUUUAUCUGUUCACUGCAUCUCUUGCCUUCAUCUUGGUCUAUGAAUAGUAAUCUUUAAGUCCUCUUUGGUGGAAGUGCAGCAUAUCCAACUAAAAACUUGUGCAUGCAAGUUAGUGUGUGUUCACAAAUACUCACAUUGUGCACACCAGCCAUCUCAGAAAUACAUUAGUUGCAGUUUCAGACCUUCAAAUUGUGCGGGGUAUUGGCAAAUAUAUGGCACUUCCAACCAGAAAGGGCCAAAGAUGGCCAACUCGUUGAGCAAGGGUAAGUCACCAGAUGAAAAAGGAAUUGAUUGUUUGAAUGUAUUUAUUUUGAAAAAAAAAAAAAUACAGAGGCUAUAGUGCAUGUAAUCUUUUAUUUUCAGUUAUUCGAAAAAUUACAACCCUAGGAGACGUUCAUAUAAAAAACAAAGAUUAGUUCACAAAUGAACAAGUAGGGUGACCCAGAAACAAACAUUUUUUGUAUCUGAUGUAUCCUAUCCACAGUUUGUAGGUUAGAAUUAAAGAUGGUAUUCCUAUGUGAUACUAAUCAUGAUUAAAUGGGGCACCAGAACCCUGUUUUACGACAUUUUACAAAACAUGUUUAUCUCUCACUAUGCAAUGUCAGUUUUUAAAAGAUCUUAAAACAAACAGUGCAAUUUUUCACAGUCUACUUUUACAAUACCCCCAGUAAUGCAAAUAGUAUAAUAUAUACCAUGCGGUUACAUUUUCACCUCUCCAAAUGCUAACCUUUGUGGGGGCAGCCAUUUUAGUUUGAACUGCAUGAUUAUUACUGGCUUAUGUAGAAGGUCUCAGUAGGUAGAAAGUUAGGACACGUAAGUGAAUACACGUCAGUCAUAGUCUUAUACUAUCUCCAAAGGUAACAUAUUACCAAAAAUAUGUGCUUUCUGAAGGAAAAACUGAUGAAAGGUAACAGGUUCUAAGUACGUUCGGUUAACAAUAUUUUCCACCCUCAUCCGUGCAGAUUUAACAAUACCCAUUAAUUCAAAGAUAACAACCUUGUAACUAAUUCAUCUAUCCCAGGGGUUCCCAACCCAGUCCUCAAGUACCCACUACCAGUCCAGGAUUUAGGGAUUACCCUGUUAAGUCUAAAGUGUAUUGUUUUUUCUAAAAGAACACAACUGGGUAAUCCCUAAAUCCUGGACUGUUAGGGUAUACUUGAGGACUGGGUUGGGAACCACUGCCCAUACUUUAAUUACAGUACCUUAGUGACACUUGUAAUGGACAUACAAUGACAUGUAACUUUUAAGACACAUGCCACCUUAUUUUAAGAAUGUGCAUGUUUCAUUAUGGAGCACACCAGAUGCCCUGGUUGACGACAGUAACUCAGUGUUUCUCAUACUGAUAAAUGCUAAUUUUAAGAUGUAAAUAAGGAAACACUGACUAGAUCUCUUCUGUCACAUCUCAAUGCGGGUUCAGUGAGAAAUAAUGCCAAUCGACUUUUUGCUGACCACUGCUGAUUAGCUGAGGCUCAAUGUUAUCAGCACCCACUUCUGGCCUGAGCAUAUGUAAGGCAAGCACACUGUGUAGAAUGGCAUGCAUGUUAACAGGUACAUGCCAUUACAUCAUUUCAACAUAUAAAUGGAACUUAAUGUUCACUUAUUAUCUCUGAAGUGUGUGUCACUUAAAGGGAUAACACACUACUGAUUUCUUUUCCCCACAGCAAGUUAAUUCCAAUCUAUUGACCUCACAAUACCUGCAUAGACAUCAAAAUGGUUGCAGUAUAGUAUGCGGCUCAUAGACCCUUUUAGUAGGAUAGAAAGGUGUGAAUUUCUUAUUUAGUUUUAAAUAUUGGAAGUAGAACAAAUACAAAUGUAAAACUAGACAUCUUAAUUAUUUCAAAAACAUAUAAAACCAAGUAGUCUAAGCCUGAAGUGGGCAAAGUGCUCAGUUGCUGACCUAAAAUUCUCAUAAUGUCAAGGCAGUGAAAAUGUUUGGUUUAGCAACAUCAAACUUAGAAUUUAACAAGAGCUGAAAGGGCACACUUUGCCUUUCCCUAUCCUAAAAUAAAUAUACUGCACUCUGUAACAAAUUAGUGUCUACUGUGAACAUUUUAGACAUUCAUUUUAUUUUACAUUUACUUUUUAUACAUUUCUACUUUUCUUGAUGAUGAGAUCAUUGUAAUAUUUAGCAAUGUACUGAACAUACGGUCAUUUUUCACUCCCUUAUAAACCACUACUUUAUAAAUAGAAGGAUGUAUCAUUUUAUAUUAUAAUAAAGACAGAUAUGAGCAAAAUGUAGACAUCUUUUUAAUUUAAAUUUAAUUUAAAAUGUUGUUCUACAACAAAGGUAAUUCUACACAAUGAACCAACCAGCCCAAGACAGUAUUUUUCUGGGUUUAUUUAUAUUAAGGAUUCAUUUCUAAUCACAAAUUGCUACCCAUGCUUAAUGGCCUUAUAGUCGAAUUGCAAGAAAAUAUGCAAGCGGAUAGUGAAACAACUUAUACAGUGGCAAGAGCAUUAUUUAAAGGGACACUAUAGUCACCGGAACAACUUUAGCUUAAUGAAGCAGUUUUAGUGUAUAGAACAUGCCCCUGCAGCCUCACUUCUCAAUCCUCUGCCAUUUAGGAGUUAAAUCCCUUUGUUUAUGAACCCUAGUCACACCUCCCUGCAUGUGACUUGCACAGCCUUCCAUAAACACUUCCUGUAAAGAGAGCCCUAUUUAGGCUUUCUUUAUUGCAAGUUCAGUUUAAUUAAGAUUUUCUUAUCCCCUGCUAUGUUAAUAGCUUGCUAGACCCUGCAAGAGCCUCCUGUAUGUGAUUAAAGUUCAAUUUAGAGAUUGAGAUACAAUUAUUUAAGGUAAAUUACAUCUGUUUGAAAGUGAAACCAAUCAUAGCCAGGGGAGGUGUGGCUAGGGCUGCAUAAACAGAAACAAAGUGAUUUAACUCCUAAAUGACAGUGAAUUGAGCAGUGAAAUUGCAGGGGAAUGAUCUAUACACUAAAACUGCUUUAUUUAGCUAAAGUAAUUUAGGUGACUAUAUGCAUCAUUGAAAAACCUUUAUGCGAGUGUUAACAAGCCCUCCAGCUCCGCAAAGUGUGCAGCAGGUUGUGUCUUGUUACUGUAGCAGCCAUUCCGAUCAAAAAGAGAAGUGAUCAUGUUGAAAAAUAAUAUGAAAUGUUUUAAUUUAUAUGAAGGAUAUAAUAAUAAUUAACAGUACAUCUAAGUCUUGAAGGCAAUCAGGCCACAGAAUGUUUAGGUUGUUUUUAUAUACGUCAAAAUGACAACUUGGUUGACACCAAAGUGGAUAACUCAUCUCAGUCUACAGAACAGAAAAACAAAAACAAAUUUUAAAAAUAAAUCAAUAACCCAGAAACAGCUGUGAGAUGAACAGUGCAGACUAUAGUAAAACAGUUAUUACAAUUUGCCAUGCAGUUAGGAGCAAUUUUACAGUUAAACAGACCUUUAGCCGUCUAGGAGAAUCAAUAAAUCUUGUAAAGAAACAGACUAAUGCUUUAUCAACUCAAGUCAAUAAACAGUUGAUACACGCCCACCUC